AUGCCAAUGCCUCCUCAACCUUAUCGGCAGUCAUCUGCCUCAUCCAUCCCGCCGUCCGCUUAUGGGCAGAAUGGAUCUAUGAGGAGCCGGCAGUCGAUGCAGCCUGGAGGGUCAGAGGAGGAAUUGCAGGCGGGUCCGCAGUAUGGUGCUGGGCAAGGUAACGGUAAUGGGUAUGCCGGACCGCCGGUGGAGCGAGUCACGAGCAGUAAAGGGAGCGAGAAGGAGGGAAAGCGGAAGUCUGGUUUGUUUGGAUUUGGGCGGAAGAAGGAAGAUAAAAAGGAGAAGGAGCAGGAGCUCAAGAGUAACGCGGUCCGGCCAUCGUUCAACGUACAGCGGACGGAGAGCUUCACGCCUUCCCCGCCAGGUGGAUACCCGCAGCAGGGACGAGUAACGUCCAACCCUAUGCCCAGGCAGAACGGGGGUGACUUUGGACCUGCAGCUGGCAAUAUGCCCAAAAGCCAGAGUAUGGGCUUCUCUCAUCAGCAACAACAGCGAGGCGCGCCAGAGCCGAACGCCUAUCGCGGUAACCUCGCUGGUUAUCCCGAAGAGCAAGCUCAGCCCGACUACGGCCAAGGCCGACCUCAAGGUCUCCCCAAGUCCUCGUCGAUGCCGCUGGACAAGGCCACCCCUCCCCUCCCGCCUUCGAAUCAUUCCCCACUCCCCGGCUCUCCCUCCAUGGUCGCACAAGGACAGCCGCAUCGCGGCAGUCCGCUCACGGGGGAACAAGACCGCCCGGUCCGCGAUCGAACCGUCUCGGCCGGUUCUGGGCGGGGCGUCCCACCGGGGGGUCAGCCAGAGUGGAUGAAGGAGUUUGCGCCGGUGGUGGAGCUUAUCGGAAUGCAGCCGCAAAAGACGUAUGUCGCCAGUCCGCCGGAGUUGGAGAUGAUUUUGGCGAGGACGAGCGCUGGGGGACAGCCAAAGCAGGGUCAGCCGGGCAGCGCGAGUAACGACUGGGAUGCGGUGUGGUUGCAGCUUUCUGGGAUCUCGCUAUCAAUGUGGUCGAUGAAGGAGACCCGUGCAGCGGCGGCCAAGGGAGACAAGGUCCCACCAACCUACUUCAACGUCACCGACUCGUCGCUCGAGCUCCUCGCUCCUCUCCCUCCUCCACCACACCGCCCAAACUCGCACCCACAUCAUCACGUCUUUUCACUGAACACAGCCGGCUCCAACCGGCUCCUCUUCUCCUGUCCCACCGACGGCGAUAUCGCGCGCUGGACAACCGGUCUCCGACUCGCCGCUUGGGAGCGCGCCCGCCUCGAAGAGAUCUAUACCGGCCACCUCAUCAAAUCCGGAGGGAAAGAGCCUCGGAUGGACCUGCAAAAGGGAAGAAUGGACGGGUGGGUCCGAGUGAGGAUCAUGGGCGGAACAGAGUGGAAGCGACUAUGGGCGGUGUUGAGUACGCCUACGCCCCCUCCGGAGCCGGAAGAGGACAAAAAGGCGAAGCGUAAGAGCUUCUUCGGGCUGGGCGGGGGCGGAGGCAGCAGUAAAGAGGAGGAAGCGGUCAUUCAGGAGCCUAAUACGGGCCAGCCUAUGGCGAGCUUUUAUCCCGAACCGAGGACGGCAAAGAAUCGGGCGAUGGCACCUGUUCUGACCAUCUCGAAUGUUACCCAGGCGUAUGCGGUUUUCCCAGAACGACUCGAAGUCAUGUCUCAGUCGAACCUGAUGAAGGUCGUCGGGAGGAUCGGCGGCGAGCUGGUCGCUAUCGAGGGCCGACUUCGAGAAUCUGGCUGGGCACUUAUCAUGCCCGACUCUGCAGAGAGCGGGACUGCUAGUCCGCCCGUGACGGCUCAGACACCGCUAGCGAAUAUGAUGAAAUGGGUCACGGGCGUCCAUGAUGUCUUUGGCCUAUACGGUAGACCGGGGAGAUAUAGCUGGGACGAGAAGGAUCCGAAGAGUCUGUUCUUUGCGUAUCCUAGGGGUCCGGAACGGAAUCGCUUGUUCCUCGAUAUUGACUUCGCCCUCGAUACCGACUAUCGCCUAAGCAAUCUCCCCCAGAUCCGUUCACAAUUCACCUCCAUCCUCAGCAAGAAGGGUCUCCCACGCUCUCAGUCGCAGACGCAACUUCGACCACGUACCGGCCGACCCGAGGACGUCUACGCGGAUGACAACGACGCCACCCCGCCUGCUAGGCAGAACAGCGGUGACUUCCGCCUUCCGCCUCUCUCCUUUGACCAGCAUAACGGGAACGGUAGUCCACAUCUCUCAGACCACUCGAUCCCGCGUUCCUUGUCGCCCAUUACGGAACGGACGGACCCGUCUCGCAACAACUCGCAGCGCACGACCGACACGGACCGCCAAUUUAGCGGCGCGUCCUCGGCUCGUCAGGCUAGCGGCUCGUCUGCUCGUCAAGCGAGCGGGUCGAGCAAGUUGCUCCCUGCGCAAGAAGAGCGGGAGGGCCUGGAGACGAUCACGGAUGCCGACUCUUCGGGCCGGAGAACGGGCGAGCCGCGAUACGCCAGUCCAGUGCCCGAGGCGGCGCCGGUCCCUGCAGCGACGGGGCCUGUUGCAGGCGGGCCUACCCAUGUCGCAUCUCCUCAGGGGAUGAGCGCCAUCUCUCAAAAGACGUUCGACUCGCACGCGACGGGCGACUCGAUCUACUCGCAGAGUACGGGUGUGACGCCAACCCCUGCCCGGAGCGUUCCUGUCAGUCCGUUACUCCCCAAUGCGGCGUUACCAAUGACAGCUGGGACAGUCGCAUCAGCAGCAGCUCCGCCUGCUGCGCUCAAUCGCGAGGCUGCAGCGCCAGCACCAGAGACGAAAGCUGCUCCGGCUGAAAAGAGACCCAUCAGUCCACCUCUUGCUCCGCCUAUCGGGAUGGUCCUGCCCCUUCAGACCACAGCUGGAUCGGCGGCUGGCUCGGACAAUGGGGACCGGUCGAUCCACUCACCUACGCCCCGGCGCGUCGCGUCGACCGAGUUCAAGCAGGACAAGCUGGUCACGCACCAAGAACAGCCGGCUGCGCAGUACCUCAUGAACGUCGUCGAGGAGCCGGUGUCGACUUCUCCUCCGGGCCGGAACACUCCACUCGCAGCGAGCGAGGGCAGGGAGAAGGUCCGACCGACUAUCAUUACGGACUUCUCCCCGCCCAAACCCGCCGCUGGUGCUGGGUCGGGUCUUGCCCCUGGAGCGGUGGGAGCGGCCUGUAAAACCCACGAGCCUUUAGGACGGAAACCGUCUGGCGCGCGCGCACCCCCGCCGAAGAAGCUGAGCGGGAGGUCGUCCACACUCGGCUCGGUAGAUGAUGUCGAAUCGCCGCCAGUGCCGCCUUUACCUGCCACCGCCACUUCCUCCGGCGGGCACAGCCAUGAGCGGACCGGGACAUUCGACGACAUAGGCGAGGAUGCGUCGGCGUACCUUGCCUAUGCAGAUCAGCCGCCAAGUGCUGUUCCACUGCCUCAGGUGCCGGCUCAGAACUCCACUCAGGCAGAGGAGCCGCACCGGUCUUCCUUCGCUCCCUCGAAAGCCGCUGCGGAUCGCCGUGCUAAGGCCGAGGCGGCGGCAGUGGAAAGUCAACAAGCCCGGAAUCUGCCUGGAGGUGGGAAGCGGGGAGCUCCCGGACAAGGCGGGAAGACGUGGAGCGACGACGAUGAGGAUGAGGAUGACGACGAGGUGGACGAGCCGGAGGAGUCGCCGGUCAAGGAGAUGGGCGGACGGGGUCAGCCAAGUACCGGUGAGAUGGGCAUGCCUCAGCGCGGGUCCACGUAUGGCCUGGAUCAGCAGUCUGGCGCCUAUCCAAACAAUACGGGUAGUAUUGGCCGGAACGGGCUGCGAGCUCUGCCGCCUGUUCCCCGGCCACAGGAUCACCGGUCGUCUCAGCCCCAACAGGGCGGAAGUUACAUGUCGAACGGGAACGGCAAUGGUGGUAACGACUUUGCCCAUCCCUCGUUCCCGGAGCGACCGCGGUCUCGCUCGCCUGCGCCAAAUCAGUACCCUCAGCAGCCGCAGCAGCCCCGCGGUGUAUCCCAGCGAUACGAUUCCACUACCCCUCCUCCCGGUAUCCCCAACGUCGCCCCGCCCGCCUCCCGCCAAACCAUCUGGAACGCCAACUUCGCCGCCGGGCACGGCAUGCCCUCUGAGCGAUCUACAAACAAGUUUGUCGAGGUGGAAGAGCCCCAAGCACGCCUCACGCAGGCAUUUGCCCCGCACGGUCUCCUCCAGGCUGGAAUGCAGGACAAGGAGGACCGGUCUGCGAAGAAGCAAGAAGAGCUCGCAAGGGAGAUGGGAAGCAGUUUGGUUAAUGUGCCCAGCAAGCCGCCGCCGCCUUCUGCGGGGUUGCUGGGUGCUGUAGCGCAGCAUGAGAAGGAACGGAGGAAUGCGGGUGGGAUCGGAGCGACAUUGACGGAUCGGGAGAGGGAGAAGAGACUUGCGCGGGAGAUUGAAAAGCUGCAAAGACAGCAGGCGGAGCAUAUGCGCCAGUUCCAGGACUUUGGGCAAGGCGGGCAACAGGGCGGAUAUGGUGGGUAUGGAAUGGGAAUGCCUCAGAUGGGUAUGGGCAUGGGGAUGCCGCCUAUGGGCUUCAAUCCAUACCAGGGCGGGUUCAACCCCUACGCGCAGCAACAAGCGAUGUACGCCGCUCAAAUGGCCUAUCAAAACGCCAUGAUGAUGUCUGCUGCCGGCUCUCAAGCUGGGGGUGCGCAGUCUCCUGAUCGACCUGCUUCCCCCGUGGGUGGUGGUGGAAGUCAAUACGGCGGCCACGGACCCGGCUCGCCUUUCCCCCAGAUGCCGUAUGGAUGGGGCGGGAUGCCGGGUAUGCCGUGGAUGUCCCCUCAACCGACCGGAAGUCCGCAUAUGAUGGGCGGAGGAAUGGGCGGGAUGGGUGGCAUGAGCUCCUUCCCGUCCAUGGGGUCCUUUGCGGGCGGCGGCGGCGGAGGAGGAGGCGAGAACUACUUGCACCCGGGACAGGGCUAUGGACAGGGCGGAAACGGGCAAAGCACGCCAAGAGAGGAUCGGAGCAGCCGGGAGAGCUUCCGCGGGGAUAUGAAUGGGAGGGAUCGCAGUGAGGAUAGAAGGGGAGGCGGAGGAGGCGGUACCCCUGCGAAUUGA